UCACAUCUCUUCCUUCUCUUCCCAUUCUCUCCAUCAGCCCUCCUACCACUGUAUCUCUCCAUCACUCCUCCUUUUCCCAUGUACAGAAACAAUCAUUCUCUCCUCUCUCCAUAUUUUCAGCUGGUUCAUCAGUUUUGCUUGAUAUCAUUAUUCCAUCUCAUUUUUCCUUCACCCUCUCUCUCUCUCAAUCUCUUUUCCAUUCUCUCUGUUUUCAUCUUGGAGACAGGAGUGUGAAUGCAGUCUCAAAUCUAAGUCUCCUCUCUGCUUAUGCGCUCUGCGCUACGAUCCUUCUUCCUCUCCCCUCCGUGCUUUACUGCACUGCUCACAUCCCCUCUCUCCACAUCUCCUUCUCUUCCUCACUUUCUCCUUCUCUACCUGCAUCUCUGUCUCACCACAGGCUUGCAUCUCUGCUGGGCAUUGCUGUGCUCUGCUUUGCCAUUUGGAGGAAGGCUGUACGCUCUGGGGAUCUUUUUGCGCCAGGGCUGAGCACACUCCGGCUUCUUGCAGAGGAGGAUUUAGCCGCUCUUGGUGCACCAGGUUUGACUUGCUUUGGAUUCCUUGGAUCUGUGGGAGCUGGAGAACAGGGGAGGACAGGAGGAGGAGGAGAGGAGUGAGAGGUUUACUGGCUUGGAGGAGUCGCGGCUUCAAGGUGGUGGCGGUGGCGGCUGAUGGUUGCCUGUCGAGGGUCAUGCCCUGGGACUUGCACAUUAUUCGGCAGUUGGAGUUGGAGACCCUCUCCCAUUUUUGCCCCCCUCGUGGGGCAGAACUAAUCCUGGUGCCGGGGAAAGCUACCGGGCACCAGUGGCUGCAGCGUGAAGAGUGGACACCAUGAACCAGCUGGACGCACCAAGACCACUUAACUGGACCAUCAGGAAACUGUGCCAUGCAGCCUUCCUGCCAUCUGUGCGCCUGCUAAAGGCACAGAAAUCGUGGAUAGAAAGGGCAUUCAGCAAGAGAGAAUGUGUUCGUAUCAUAGUGAGCGCCAAAGACCCCCAUAGGUGCUGCUGCGGUCGUCUCAUAGGUCAGCAUGUGGGUUUGCCUCCAGGUAUCUCAUCCAGUCAAAAUGACAAGGCAGAGCGUUUGGCCAAGAAUGACAGCCUGUCAGAGAAGUGGUCAAUCAGCAAGCACACACAGCUCAGCCCCACCGAUGCCUUCGGCACCAUUGAGUUCCAGGGAGGAGGACACUCCAACAAAGCCAUGUAUGUGCGAGUGUCUUAUGACACUAAGCCUGACUUGCUGCUCCACCUGAUGACCAAGGAGUGGCAGCUGGAGCUUCCUAAGCUGCUCAUCUCAGUCCAUGGAGGCCUACAGAACUUCGAGUUACAGCCUAAGCUCAAGCAGGUCUUUGGCAAAGGGCUCAUCAAGGCAGCCAUGACGACAGGGGCCUGGAUAUUUACAGGAGGAGUUAACACAGGAGUGAUACGGCAUGUGGGGGACGCACUGAAAGACCACGCCUCCAAAUCAAGAGGCAAAAUCUGCACCAUUGGAAUAGCUCCAUGGGGCAUCGUAGAAAAUCAGGAGGACCUUGUUGGCAAAGAUGUGGUGCGUCCGUACCAAACUAUGUCCAACCCCAUGAGCAAGCUGACGGUUCUCAACAGUCUCCACUCCCACUUCAUCCUGGCAGACAAUGGCACAACAGGAAAGUACGGAGCUGAAGUCAAACUGCGACGCCAGCUGGAGAAACACAUCUCCCUGCAGAAGAUCAACACACGGAUCGGCCAGGGAGUACCAGUGGUGGCUCUUAUCGUGGAGGGCGGCCCUAAUGUGAUCUCCAUUGUGCUGGAGUACCUCAGGGACACUCCUCCGGUCCCUGUGGUGGUGUGUGAUGGUAGUGGAAGAGCCUCAGACAUCUUGGCCUUUGGACACAAAUACUCAGAGGAAGGAGGCAUAAUUAAUGAGUCUCUUAGAGACCAGCUGCUGGUGACCAUCCAGAAGACCUUCACAUACAGCCGCACACAGGCCCAACAUCUGUUCAUCAUCCUCAUGGAGUGCAUGAAGAAAAAGGAACUGAUAACAGUUUUCCGGAUGGGCUCUGAGGGUCACCAGGACAUUGACCUUGCCAUCCUCACUGCAUUGCUCAAAGGUGCCAAUGCUUCAGCCCCAGACCAGCUGAGUUUGGCUCUUGCGUGGAACAGAGUGGACAUUGCACGAAGUCAGAUCUUCAUUUAUGGACAGCAGUGGCCUGUGGGUUCCCUGGAACAGGCGAUGCUGGAUGCUUUGGUUUUGGACAGAGUGGACUUUGUCAAGCUGCUGAUUGAAAAUGGUGUCAGCAUGCACCGCUUUCUCACGCUUUCCAGACUGGAGGAGCUGUAUAACACGCGACACGGACCAUCAAACACCCUUUACCACCUUGUCAGAGAUGUCAAAAAGCGAGAAUAUCCAGGGUUCAGUUGGAUCUACUUCAAGGGAAACCUGCCGCCGGACUACCGCAUCAGCCUCAUCGACAUUGGACUGGUCAUUGAAUACCUCAUGGGUGGGGCGUAUCGAUGCAACUACACCAGGAAGAGAUUCAGAACACUAUACCAUAACCUCUUUGGGCCCAAAAGGCCCAAGGCACUGAAGCUGCUGGGGAUGGAGGAUGACAUGCCAAUCCGGAGAGGCCGGCAGAAGACGACACGUAAGCGAGAGGAAGAGGUGGACAUUGAUUUGGAUGAUCCCGAGAUAAACCACUUCCCCUUUCCCUUCCACGAGCUCAUGGUGUGGGCUGUACUCAUGAAGCGCCAGAAGAUGGCACUGUUCUUUUGGCAGCAUGGCGAGGAAGCAAUGGCCAAGGCCCUGGUUGCAUGUAAGCUGUGUAAGGCUAUGGCACACGAAGCGUCUGAGAAUGACAUGGUGGAUGACAUCUCCCAAGAACUCAACCACAACUCCAGAGAGUUCGCCCAGCUAGCUGUGGAGCUCCUAGACCAGUCCUAUAAACAGGAUGAGCAGAUGGCAAUGAAGCUACUGACAUACGAGCUCAAAAACUGGAGCAACGCCACCUGCCUGCAGCUGGCGGUAGCAGCUAAACACCGAGAUUUCAUCGCCCAUACCUGCAGUCAGAUGCUGCUGACCGACAUGUGGAUGGGGCGUCUCCGUAUGCGCAAAAAUUCAGGCCUCAAGGUCAUCUUAGGCCUGCUUCUUCCACCGUCCAUCCUGAGCCUAGAGUUCAAAAACAAGGAUGAGAUGUCCUACAUGCCGCAGGAUCAGGACACGUACCUGCAGGAGAAGGAGGAGGAGGAGCCAGAGAAACCAGUCAAAGAAAAAGAGGAGGAGGACAUGGAGUUCACAGUAAGAUCUUACUGUGAGACGCAGUACAACUCUGUGGCGAUGCUGGGUAAGGUAACCACAGAGACAUCCAGAAAGAAGGAUGUUGAGGAGGUUCAGAGCCGCCACCGCCUUAUCCCCAUGGGACGCAAGAUAUAUGAGUUCUACAACGCUCCAAUUGUCAAGUUCUGGUUUCAUACGAUGGCAUAUGUGGGGUACCUGAUGUUGUUUAACUACAUUGUCCUGGUUAAGAUGGACCUGUGGCCUUCUCCUCAAGAGUGGAUUGUCAUUGCUUACAUUUUCACCAAUGGCAUUGAAAAGAUGAGAGAGAUCUUGAUGUCAGAGCCGGGAAAGUUGCUACAGAAGGUAAAGGUGUGGCUACAAGAGUACUGGAACAUCACUGACCUCAUGGCCAUCCUCAUCUUCUCCGUCGGUAUGGUCCUACGCCUCCAGGAGCCACCGCUCAUGAACUACGGGCGGGUCAUCUACUGCGUCAACAUCAUCUACUGGUACAUUCGGCUGCUCGACAUCUUCGGAGUCAACAAGUACCUGGGGCCCUACGUGAUGAUGAUUGGCAAGAUGAUGAUCGACAUGAUGUAUUUUGUCAUCAUCAUGUUGGUAGUGCUCAUGAGUUUUGGGGUGGCACGUCAGGCCAUCCUCAAUCCUAACGAAGACCCGUCCUGGAUGUUGGCCAGAAACAUUUUCUUCAUGCCUUACUGGAUGAUCUAUGGGGAGGUGUUUGCUGACCAGAUUGACCAUAUGCAUAGUAAGAAGGUACAGCAAAGGCUGAAUGACAAACUCUGGCUGGUCGAAAAUAACUUACGAACGCACGGAACCUGGCGUAGUAGUGGUCCAUCCCACAUUGCUCUGACCACUCAAAAUUCCACUCCCUGCGGCCAGAAUAUAACCACAGAGGAUGGGGUGGUGGUGACCCUGCCACCAUGUAAGACUGGUGCUUGGAUUGUACCUGCGAUCAUGGCUUGCUACCUGCUGGUGGCCAACAUACUGCUUGUCAACCUGCUCAUAGCAGUGUUUAACAACACAUUUUUUGAGGUAAAGUCCAUCUCAAACCAGGUGUGGAAGUUCCAGCGCUACCAGCUAAUCAUGACAUUCCACGAACGGCCGGUCCUUCCUCCACCCCUCAUCAUCUUCAGCCACAUAACAAUGGUCCUAAAACAUCUAUGCUGCCGCUGGCGCAAGCAUGACGACGACGAGAGGGACUAUGGAUUGAAGUUAUUCAUCACUGAGGAUGAGCUGAAGAAAGUUCAUGACUUUGAGGAGCAAUGCAUAGAAGAGUACUUCAGAGAGAAAGACGACAGAUUCCACUCAUCAAAUGAUGAACGGAUCAGAGUCACAUCUGAAAGGGUGGAGAACAUGGCUAUGCGUUUGGAAGAGGUCAAUGAGAGGGAACACUUUAUGAAAGCAUCGCUGCAGACUGUGGAUAUUCGCCUGGCCCAGAUGGAGGAUCUAAUUGGGCGGAUUGCUGUGGCUCUGGAGCGCGUGACGGGUGUUGAGCGUGUGGAGGUCAACAAAGCACGCUCCCGGACCUCAUCUGACUGCACAGACUCAGCGUACAUACUCCGCCAAGCUGAGUGCCCGGAGUCUGCAUACAUCCUCCGCCAAAGCAGCUUUAACAGCACAGAGGGGAAUGCCUACCGCCUUCAGGAGGCAUUGGAGGGAGCAGCUGAGGGCUCCAUGUCCCCUCCCUCUCCUACUGGCAUCACCGCUCGGGCAAGGAGUCACUCUUUUUAUGUCGGGGGUGGACGUGCUAUCGAACGUGCAAGUGGGGCUGAGCGAGCUGAAAGUUUCUUUAAGGAGCGCUCGCUCAGUCUCCACAGAGCUAAUAGCUCGCAAUCUGUGUCUUCAGCUGCCGCCACCAAGGAGUCUAAGCCCCUCCCACUGGCGACGCUGUCGGUUUCCCAGCAGCACCGUCCGUCGUCAUGCAUUGAUAUCUACGUCUCGACCUCUGAGGAGGUGGGGCCAGCCGAGGUCUUUCUUGAUCCUCUCCGUGUGGUCCCACCCCUCCAGAGAGAUUCCUCACUGCAGUCAGAUAUCAUAGAGACGGUGCUGCCAGGAGGCCGUGACUUCAGCAGCACGGCUACUAGCGGCUUGGGCGACAGGCACUCGGAGGGCGGCGCAGGCAGCAGUGGAACGACUGGAGCUAUGUAUGACGACAGCGCGGCUGUUGAUUUGUCGUUGUGCUCAGCAAGCCUCUUACCAGACACCACCCUACCUCCUUGGGAUACGGAGCCGUCUCCACCUCCCUCCGCAGGGCUGCUCGAGCGCUCCAAGAGCAGCCGCUACCUCUCUACAGCAGGCACAGCUUUCCUUGAUGAGCCUCCUCUAGUCAAGUCCCACAGCCUCAUGUUCACGCCGAGAGGCUGUUACGGUGGGCUAGGGGCAGGAGUCCAGGUGAAGGCCGCAGAAUACACCAGCAUCACUGACUGCAUUGACACCCGCUGUGUAUCAUCUCCAUACACUCCUGCAGAAUGCUCACACUCACCAGGAGGAUCCACCUCAUUCAGCUUUGAUAAGCCGUCAGACAUUAGCUCCUCUCACCCGGAGAGAGAGGCAGAGCUAAGUCACACAGAGUCCGACCCCGAGGACCCCGAGGACCUGAUUCCAGCCUCCGAUACUCCUCGCAUUACAGGCCUCGGCAGGCCCAGCGGAGCUCCUCUCUGCUCCACCCUCUCCAGGCUGGAGCGAGCAAACAGCUGCUCCUCAGAUGACUCCCAUCCUUCACUCACUCUGGCUCCUCCUCAUCGGAAGAGCCUGUCAGUGAGCGAGAGGAUGGAGAGGGGACCGGGUUUGGGAGCAGACAGGGGACCUGGGCCUGGGGGACGGGGUCUUGCGGGGCACAGAUACCCUUUCCUCAGGAGCAAGUCCGGAGCGAGACCCGACACAGCCAAAACUGACAGUCUGUCUAUAAGGAAGCUGGCAACUCCAUCAGCCUUCCGCAGCUUCGAUAGACAAAACUACACGUGACAAGGGCCCACUGGCGCCCUCACACAUUGUUAGGGCCUGGGUGAAGACUGAAAAGGGCCAAGUUAUAGCAGGAUGAAAUUGCACAUUGAUGCUGAUUUGGAACAUAUCUAUACUUUAUUCACUUACAUUUUAGGUAUGGAAAGGUUUAGGUGUGAUCAGCAUUGAGCAUUGUUUUAUUCUGAGCAAAUAAUAGAAAAGGGCAGAAGACUCAGAAGGUCUGUGUACAUCACUUAAAAGAAAGAGUAAUGAAUUUAGACUAGUUGGUACCUCUUGUAGCAAUGUAACUUACAAUUGGGUGCCAUGGAAAUGGAAGUUAUAUUUGUCUUGUAGGUCUUCCACCAACCUAAUUUACAUCAAGUAGACAUUGGUCACUGUUUUGCAACACAUAUCACAACCACACUAGACAGAAAGUCUACUGUUAUCCUACCUGUAAUGUGUGGUAGGCACUGUUAAAUCCAAGAAACACAGAAAAGGGACAAGGAAGGAGAUAUUCAACUCAUUUUGUAGUUUUUCAUCAGCACAAUUGCUGCAAAGGUUUCACUUUAAAGCCUUUCUUAUUCAUCAUGGAAUCCUGAUACUCAAACACUACCAGGUUUAAAAGGUGACAAUCUCCAGCAGAGAAAAUGAGAACUGAACAUAUCGAUACUUCUAUCUCUCUCAACAACCCAAGUAAUCCAUGGAUUUUUAACAAAGUACAUCCAUAAAUGAAAUUGUGUUGUAAAGUGGAAAGACAGAAGAAUUGAGUACUGAAAGCCCUUACUGAAGUUAAUAACAAAUCACCAGAAAAUCUUUGUUCCUAAAUGAAGCUUCAAGACACAGUCCUUCUGGAGAAAGUAGGUUCAUGCAUUGUUGAUGUUUGACCAGUUUCUGCAUCGACUACUGUCUAUAAAGAUCCUAAAGGAUUUUGCGGUAGUCUUUUAUGAACUCAGAUCUUUUUCCAUCAGUUUGCUUUACUUUAUAAUGACCAUAACUUGCUGAAAAAUCAACCCUUGAAUGAUCAUCAGAUUCUUGAAUGUUUUGGUAGAUUUCUCCAACCGGUUUUAAAGGGGCUGUGUUGUGCAUUUUUUGGGCACAUAGUGCCAGUUUAUAGAACAAUCAAGUAACUAUUUCCUUCAGUUGUUAUAAAAAAUAAUAUAUACAAACAAGACUAAAAUGCAAUUUGACUUCACAUUUUACCACCUUGAAAUCAGGCCUCUGUCUCUUUAAAAGCUUCUGUUCUUUCAGACACUCCACCUUCAGCACCUCAUCUCAACAAUGUUUUUUUUUCAUUAGGCCUUUAACAAAGUUCUUUGGAGCUUUGGAUUGAAAAGAAAUUUGUAUGAUAAGCUAAGGAGGUGCGCAAUUCCGCCAGGGGUUAGCUAAUUGCUGAUGGCGCUAGUCUGAAGGAGCUGAGUGGGGAAGGCAUGGGGGAUGGAUGCUCUGUGAGGUGGAAUCUCAUCUUGGGGACUGCAACUCCGAGAUGAACUGCAUGGAAAGGGCAGCAUGAGUGCAAGCAAGCGCUUUGGCGCCCCCAAAUGGUUGUGUGAAGUGCACAAAGAAUUAAUGCAUGAAAGAAUCAAAGCAACACUUCAGGUACGUCUUUGAUGAGGCAAUGACAUUCUAACAUGAUAAGCUCAAAAAAGUCAGAUAGCCAAAGCUUAACUAGGUUUUAAUUUAACAAUCAUUUUUUUAGGGUCUUUGGUUUUACCCAUUGUGGUAUUUAUACAACAUGUCAACAAUCAGAAAUAUUUUUAUUGGCCAUAUAUUAGAGCUAAACUUGCUGAUAUUAUCUGCACUGAUGAGGAACAUGAUGAGUUUCUAUACUAGAAGGCAACCUGUUUCAUAGUAAAAUACACCCCAUUUUGUUUCAGUGAUAAUACCCUGUUCUAGUCCACUUUAUUACACAUAAUUAAACUUAUGGACUAAUUUGAUUUGAUUAUUUGGGUCAGAACAAAUAUUUAAAGUAAAUUUUACAUAACUGGCCCCAUUAGAAAUACAUUUACUAAGAAAAAUGUUGACAAACUUACUUUCUCUGCUGUAAUUUAUCAGUAGCCAACGUUUACACAUACAAGCUUUAAAGUAGUCAAAAUAGGAUUACAUUUUAAAAUUAUUAUUGAAUUCAAAAGGAUCAUCAAGAUAAACUGACAAAUCAUCAUUAUUUCUCAUUUGAAACAAUCCCUUAUUUGUAAGGGAUUGAAGUGGGUUGUAACAGAUUUACAAAAACUUUCUGAUACCUCUGAGCUUGUGCUUCAGAUAUUGGUUAUACAUAAAAGUGUGCAUAGUGAGACUACAUAGACGCACAACUUUUUGUCUGAAACCUUUUCAACCUUGUCCCCCAGAGCUCUAACAAGUGCAAUUGCAAAAGAUGAGGCUAAGUGGGCGCUAUAAACCUAUGAUCCAGCCUUGGCUUGAAACGAACCUGGUUUGAACUUUUCUUCUUUUGCCUGUGACUUACACCAAAAAUCUCCUCACUUAGUGAAUCAUAGAUCUGUUGUUUUCAGCCAUACUUCAGAUUUUAGCAGUGGUAUUAUUUUUCGAUCCAGCUUCACCUAAUAGAUCCGUCCUUCAUCUUUUCAAAUAUCCCCAUUUGUUGUAUUCAUUUUUUGCAGUGAAAGUCAAAGCAAGCCACCUAAAAGAGACUGUAAAGGAAGCAGCUGAUGGAUGACACGCCUAAAUAUAAACUAUGUACAGGUCACAACAAUUGCUUUAUAUUUUGUUUUUUAAAAAAGCACGAAUUUAUUCAUUUACUUCUUAAAAAAGCUUGAGAAUAAGCUAUUGAGUAUAUGCACUUUUGGUGAGAUUUAACAAAGGUGUGCAUCUUAGAUCACAUGAAGGAAGCAGAUCAUCAAACGAUGAGCGCUAGAUUCAUGUUUUUACAUUUCAAAUUUUUAUUCUGGUGGAAAAAGUAGGGGGGGAGAAAGAUGCCUAUCUCCAACAGAUUUGCAAAGAUAAUAACGGUGAGAUUAUUAAAAUCUAUCUUGAGCUUGAUGUUUAUAAACACUUUCUCACCAUUUCAAUUCAGUUUAAUCAUGAUGUAUUUAUUUUAAGAUGAUGAUUCUAUUUAUAUCUAUUUUCUUGCUCAUUAGCGAUGAUUAUAGUAAAUGCCUGUUUGAAUUACAAAAUGAUAUUUAUAUGUUUUCAGUGAUAUUUUUGUCAGAUUUUAAGUAUUUUCUAAUUAAGCUUUUAAAUAUGAUAAAGGAUGACCACCUACAUGCACUAAAUGAUAAUGUAAAAUAUUUAUUAAAUAUAGAUUAGUCUCAAAUGCUGUACAUUUCAAUUAUAUUUAAAGUAUUUAAAGUAGUUUUUAUUGUGUGUUUUAUCAACCGACUUAUGAGAUUUUUCUAAUGUUGAUAUGGCAAUACACAGUUGCCAGUAUACCAAACUUAGGGUGCCUUUUGGGCAUGGAUGGAGUAUGUUGGGAUUCACGUGAUUCAAGAAGUGUCUCAUUUUUUGUCUUUUUUUUUUCUCUCAUUAAGGGGUCAACUAUCAGUAAUGAUUUAUUCAUAGACUUUUGUUGUUCCCUUUCCCAUCUACUGUACAUAGUGGAGGAAUUGUUAUUGCGAGAUAACGUCAUUGCUUGUAUGGUUUUAUAAUUUAUUUAAAUACACCAAAAAUCGUGUGAGAUGUCUUUAGCACUGUGGCUUUGUGGAUUAAGAGAGCAAAUGAAUCUGUUUGCAUGCGACAGUGAGACGUUAUCUUGAGGACUGAGCUUCUCCGCUCGGCUGGUGCUGCUGUUGCUGGAGCUCUUCUGUCUAGCUUUAGUUGACUGACCUGAUUUGCCUCACCCCGUCUUUCAAUCAAAACUCUUCUAGACUGUUAAACAUUUCCAGUUGAUGAUGUUUUAAACACAUUAAGCAACUGUAGUGCUUUCAUCUGCAAAACCAGACGUCGCCAAACAUUUAUUUAAGGAAAGCCUCAAUGAAAUGUCCCUUCAACCAAAAGGUGCAUCUGCAUGUGUUGGAAUAUAGCAUAAAAACAUGUCAGUAAUUUAAUUCAGAUUGUAAAACUCAUUUAUUCUAGUUUUGUUACACACAGAUAUAUUCCCAGUGCUUAAAGUGGUUAAAUCUGUUGAUUGUAGCUUAUAGCUAAUGAAGUACCACAAAUUUGUUUCUUAAAAGAGCUGAAAAAUGAACACGAACAAUACAAAAAUUUUAACAAAAGUUAUAUUAUGACCAAGCUUCUAUUUGAAACCCGACAGCUGUCUAAAGUUUUUUAUAAGUGAAAGCCAAAAAGGGUCAGUGCUGAAGAACCUGACUGUUUGCAAAGGACUGAGUCCAACCAUAUCAGUGACAUGCUACAUUGAAGGAAAAAAGUGUGUUAGAAAUAGAAACAUGGUUGACUGCAGCUUUGACAAGUUUGUUAAACAGCACUUUUUCGAGUGGAACGAGGAGUUCACAAGAUAAUAGAGUACAGCCGAUUAAAGGCUUCACGAACCACCACACACCAGGACUUUCUGACUCCUGAGUGGGAACGCAUCAGGAACGUCUCACACGGACUAAGAUUCCAGACAGGAGCCAAAAGGAAUCAGUGCCACUGUAAAACUGGCUGGCCCUUUUUUUUAUUCUCACAGUUUUACAUUAACAAUUAAUUGAAAAUGUAAUUGUUGCACUUAGCUUCAGUCAUAUUAAAAUAGUUCAAUUUUCAUCUGGUAGACCAAGGGUGUGCAACCUGCAGAAAUAGAGCCCCAAGUGGCUCUUUUCUUACUAAACAUAUAAAAUAUUGCCCAUUUUAAAGUUUCUACAUUUGAUUUUAUCAAGGAACGCUGAUCACAUCCUGAUGAAUUUGUAUUCUAGCUAAAAGUCAUAUUUGCAUUUCAUUUAUAAAUCAAGGUAAAAAAUCUGGAUGAAGCGGAGACACAAGCAUCCAAAGUCAUCGUGGUUCAGCAUGUCGUUUACACAGUCAACAAUGAUUUUAAGAGCCAAGUCACCAUGUUGCUCCACUGUCCAACUCCAGUUUCAAAGUCACCAGGAAGCUACUUACCAGGAAAUUUCAGAGCAUUUUCCUCAGCUGCUGACAUUUAUGGAGAUAUUGAUUUUGUUUUCCAGUACAAAAGUAUUCCAAAAUUUGGCACCUCCCCACACUUUCAAAAGCCUGUUUUAUUGACUCUAAUGCUAAUGUCACAGGGCUGGAUUCCCCACACCUGGACCUUGACCUGAACAAUAAUCCAUCUUUACAAUUAUUCAUUGUCAAGAUGAAGGAAUUCAUAAUCCUCACUCUGCUGUGAUUAUGCCUAAAGUUUGUACGCCUUUUUAACAGUUGUUUUUCUUCCACUUAUCAUAAUUAAUGUGUUUGGACACAGUCCUUGGAGAGUAGCCAGCUUCUUUAUGAAAAUAAAAAAAACUUUCAUGGCUCAACUUCUUUUUAGAACGGCCGAUAACUGUCUCCUGGACAACUGCCAAGUCAGUCGUCUUCCCCAUGAGUUGUGAUAGGCCAUGACAUCAGAUUUCUAAAUUUCAAAUCUUUUUUUUAUUGGGGCCAUGUAACAUUUCGAAUUUUCUGAGAAAGUGGCCAUUAGCUUGUUAUUUGCUGGGUGCCGCAAAUCCAAGUUCCUAUGACCUUCUAUAACUUUUUAAGUUAAAUUUAAAAAAAAAAAAAACAGCUUCUUAAAAAUCACUUUCUAAUAAGCUGAGGUGCAUCUGUAUUGUUCGGAAUAUAAACUUAAGGUUUGCAGUGCCAUUGCAAGGUCAGAAUUGACCAUAAAAAUCGAACAGAACCAGAGUCGUACUCUGUUUGCUUCGAUAGGUGUGUGGGUUGCAUUGUGGAUAUGAAAGGAUGAUCCUAGGUCAGUGCUCAGGGACAAUAUUACCCCAGUGAUGCAAGUUAUAAAGUGUUUCACUGAGAUACAGUCGAAUAACAGAAAGAAAAGAACGACACAGAUCAGUUUGUUUAGAGCUGAAGGCAUCCAAUUUAAUCACUGUGCUUUAUGAGUCUAACCCAGAAUUUGGGAGAUUUUAGAGUAUACAUAUAAAUAUAUACAUAUAUAUACAUUGUGUUUUGUCUUAAAAGAUAGCAAUAGCAUAUGAAUGAAUGUCUUCAUACUGGCUCAUCUUGCUCACCUCCUGAAGUGUAAAAUGCUGAUAGUAAAAGCAAAACGGCGGGACUUUUUUCUCUCUCUUUUAUUUCCACCUUUUUUCUUCCCUACAGUGCUGACAUUGAGUAGGCUUUGGUCAUGCACAGUUGCUGCUUCCAUUUUGAACCAAACCAAACCGUCAAGCCAAAUGGAGACGGGCUAAGUUGCGUUUUGUUGACCUAUUGUCCAAUGAGAUGUGACAGGCGGGAGAUGAAAGGCGCUAAGGUUGAACAGUUCAGCUCAAGCUCUGUGUGAAAAAGUAUGAAAACAAAUGACUAUGUUUGACCUAAGCCCUUCCCUUUUGGCCUGCUGCAAUAUAUAUAUAUUUAUUUUUUUGUGAUCUGUUUAUCCCCACUGCAAAGACUAUCAAAUGACAGAUUUGUUCUGGGCUUGUAGAAACAACUAGUAUGAUUUAUACAUCUACAUGGCUGUUGUGGAAGGAGUUGUUACAACAGGAGAUGUGAAUGUGUGAAACCAGACAUGUAAAACACACCAUCAACAGGGAGGCAUGCCAGGACAAUACAGCCCUCCAUAUAGUCUAAGUGUACAGUAUUUUAAAAAUAUUUUCUAACGCUAUAUCACACGGUGUAGGGGAAAGAUGAGCAUUUAUUGAUAAUCAAGAGAUUGUUCCUUUUUUUCUCCUUUUAUAUGAAAUCCGUUGACAAGUGAGCUGAAGGAGAGUUUUUACACGCACAAACUUCUGCAAUAAUGGUUGAUGUUAAACUAAAAGGGACGUAGUGUAUCCCACCUAUUGGUCACACUUAAGUUUAUGUCCUUUGAAUGCAUGCAGUUCUUCCACUCAGCUUGUGCACAGAUGACUUGUAACGUUGACCGAGAGAAAGACGGAAAGAAAUUACCAUAUGAAAUAAAAGUAGUGCGUAUUUGGAUGCAAAUACAAAUCUGUACUCUUCAAUGUGACUAGGAUCCUGUCUGGCAUGCAUUGUUAAAUAAACAGUUAUAGAUUGGUA